AGAAAUGAGUAUCAAGAACUCAGGAGCUGCUGCUCCUGCUUCUGCAGUCAACACCAACGGGAAGCUUCCAAUGGAGGAGAACGAAGACGAAGAGAUAUGGAAAGUGGCGGUGUCAAGGUUUCAAGCCAGAGAAGAAGAGAUCGAGAGGAAGAAGAUGACUGUUAAGGAGAAAGUUCAACAGAGGCUUGGCUUUGCAGAGGAAGCUACAAGAUGCUUGACUCAAACAUUGGAAGAGCUGGAGAUCAUGGGAGAUCCUAUGAGAAAAGAAGUUGGAAUGGUGAGGAAGAAAAUCGACAUGGCGAAUCGAGAUAUCAAAUCUUUAGCUCAAAGCUGUCAGAAGAAGGAGAAGGAAUACAAAGAGACAUUAGAAGCUUUCAAUGAAAAGAACAAAGAGAAAACUCACCUUGUUUCCAUGUUAAUGGAGCUACUUGCUGAAAGCGAAAGAGUAAGGAUGAAGAAACUGGAGGAGAUCAACAAGACUGUUGGAGCCUUGCAAUGAGAAUGAAACAAAAGAAUUGGAUGUUACCUUUUAAAAGAGUCUUAAAAUUUGUAUGAGUUUUUUUUUUUGUAUGAAGACUAUAUUCAAGUCAUCUCUAUUAAAAACUGAGCUACCAUGUAACAUGUUGCAUCAAAUAUAAGAAUGAUAAGAAUAUGAUCACUUCCUUUUA